CUAAAGCUCAAAGAUGAAACUUUUCAGAUUUUUCAAUCUUCCCCUUAUAGUAUUCAUCUUGUUGAUUCUUGUAUUUCAACCCCUUCUUCAUUGUACUGCUGUUGCUGGUGCUGUAGCUGAAGAUGAUAUAAAGUGUUUAAAAGGAGUCAAGAACUCCUUGACAGAUCCAAAAGGGAACUUGAAUUCAUGGAAUUUUGCUAAUUCUACAGUGGGGUUUAUAUGUAAAUUUGUUGGUGCUUCUUGCUGGAAUGACCGUGAAAAUCGUCUCAUAAAUCUUGAACUUCGGGAUAUGAAUCUUGGAGGUAAUGUUCCAGAUUCGUUAAAGUAUUGUCGAAGCUUGCAAUAUCUUGAUCUUUCUGGUAAUCGGAUUUCUGGUUCAAUUCCUUCUGAUAUUUGUACUUGGCUACCUUACUUGGUAACCCUUGAUUUGUCGAACAAUGAAUUUACCGGUUCUAUUCCGUCUGAUCUUGUUAGUUGUUCCUAUUUGAAUAAAUUGAUGCUUAAUGAUAAUAGGCUUUCUGGGAAUAUACCACCUCAGUUUUCUAGUUUGGGGAGGCUUAAAAUAUUUUCUGUGGCAAACAAUGAUCUUUCUGGUAGGAUUCCGGAAGCUUUUGAUUCGGCUGAGUCGUUUGAUUUUGGAGGAAAUGAUGGGCUUUGUGGUGGUCCGUUGGGGAAAUGUGGGAGGCUUAGUAAGAAAAGUUUAGCUAUUAUUAUUGCUGCCGGUGUGUUUGGUGCUGCUGCUUCUCUAUUGUUGGGUUUUGGGGCUUGGUAUUGGUAUUUUACGAAGGCGGGGAAAAGGAGGAAGAUGGGGUAUGGAUUAGGGAGAGUUGACUCGGAAAGGUGGGCGGAUAAGUUGAAGGCUCAUAGGCUUACUCAGGUUACAUUGUUUAAGAAACCGCUUGUGAAGGUUAAGUUGGCGGAUUUGUUGGCUGCCACGAACAAUUUUAGUACGUCGAGUGUGAUAAACUCGACUAGGACGGGGACUACAUUUAGAGCUGUUCUACGUGAUGGUUCUACGCUUGCUAUUAAACGGCUUAAAGCUUGCAAGCUGAGUGAGAAGUUGUUUCGAAUGGAGAUGAAUGGACUAGGACAAGUUAGGCAUCCUAAUUUGGUACCACUUUUGGGCUUUUGUGUUGUUGAGGAGGAAAAACUUUUGGUUUAUAAGCACCUGUCAAAUGGUACUUUGUAUUCAUUAUUGAAAGGGAGCGCAAGUGUGUUGGAUUGGCCUACUAGGUUUAGGAUUGGCUUGGGUGCUGCAAGGGGCCUUGCUUGGCUUCAUCAUGGUUGUCAACCACCAAUAUUGCACCAAAACAUAUGUUCUAACGUUAUUUUCCUUGAUGAGGAUUUUGAUGCUAGAAUAAUGGAUUUUGGGUUGGCAAGGCUGGUGACACCUCCAGAUGCAAAAGAGACUAGUUUUGUGAAUGGGGAGUUGGGUGAAUUUGGCUAUGUUGCUCCGGAGUACUCAAGCACAAUGGUGGCUUCACUGAAAGGGGAUGCUUACAGCUUUGGGGUUGUGCUUUUGGAGUUGGCUACUGGGCAAAGACCUCUAGAAAUCACUGCUGCUGAUGAAGGUUUUAAGGGAAAUUUGGUGGACUGGGUAAAUCAGCUCUCUGUUUCUGGUCGGAUAAAAGAUGCAAUUGAUAAGCAUAUUUGUAGAAAGGGCCAUGAUGAAGAGAUUGUAAAAUUCCUCAAAAUUGCUUGCAAUUGUUUAAUUUCUCGGCCCAAGGAGAGGUGGUCUAUGUAUCAGGUAUAUGAAGUACUGAAGAGCAUGGCUGAGAAACAUGGUUUCUCUGAACAUUAUGAUGAAUUUCCCUUACUAUUUAACAAACAAGAGACCAGCAGUCCCAUUUGAUACAUGAAUGGGAAAGCAUUACGAGAUGUUUCACAUCUGGUGAACACAAAUGCAUUAUGGUACGUUCUUCACUUCUCUUAGGUGCAAGUGGAAUCAGGCACGAUACAUAUGGUUCUGUGAAGUACUACCACAGAUAUUGCUGUAUUGUACUGUGAAGUGUCAAAUCAUUCUGAGGUGUUCUGCUCGAAAUUUAUGUUACAGAUAGCUAAUAUUAUUGGUAUCUUAGGUUUA